AUGAGUCAUAAAGUGCCGGAUGUCCGUGAGCAGGCCGGCGCUGAGGAGUAUGACGAGACUAUAUAUGAAACUAUAUACGAGUCAAUAUACGAGACCUAUUUAGAGGACGAUUUGCCUCCUGCCACAGAGCCAGCAUUAGAAGCUCAGAGAUCCCCUUAUACCGACAUGGGAAAGCCGCUGGGAUCCAGGUCAGAUCGCUCCUUAGUUUCAUUAGAAGCAAUGAUUACUAAUUCGGAUCCUACUACCAAGGCAAUGGGAUUAGACGCGCUUCGUGACAGCAAUGAUCAUGACACAAGGACAAAGCUUGCAUAUGCAUUCCAGUGUCUUGAUGAUACUAAUAUGAUUAUAACUGAUGCCGCUAUCCAGCUUUUAAGAGUAACAGUUGAAGAUGACCCCCUUCCUCUUUUACAAGAUGCUUACGAAACGACUACGAAGGAGUUUCAUGACGCAGUAGCACACAUAACGUCGGAUAUCAUUUUCAGAAGUCAGAAGAUGACUGAUGCGUCUAUCUCUAUACUGUCCAUGCUUACUCAGGUGCACCUAGACCUCGCUCUUUUUAUAUUGACGCAGAUGAUGAACGGCUUUAGGCAAAAGAAUAUCAAGAACGUCGAAAUAACAAGUACUGCUCUCAGGAAACUAGAACUGUACAUAGAUCGCGCCAUUGAUUCCUCUGCACUAGUGGAAUUUCCUGGAACGCUGAUCAAGAGCAUAGCAGACAGCCUUACUGUUGCGUUGAAGACAAAGGGGCUAGGAAUCAAAGAGGUGGCUGAGGACUAUAUACUAAGUCUUACACACAUCAUUCCUUCGGAUCUUCUACUAACUGAGUUUACCAAGAAUAAGCUUACCUCUGUGAAAGGAUUAACGUCUACGGGAAAUACCCCCGGGCCGAUUUCGCGCCCCAUCACAAGGCCUCCUCCCCGGGCGCAGUCACAACCCAAGAACGCAUACCAAUCUUCUUCCCACAGAGGGUCCCUCAGUACUCAUGAGCCUGAUAACUUGUCAUCAAGAACUACAGGCUCUGUUUCUGGCAGUGGAGUCGUCGGACAGGAGCACGCCGUGGAGGGCUUAGUCGCCAGCCAACAGUCAUUUGAGGAGCAAGUUGCUGGGGGUUCACGGCAAUCAUUCACUGACCGUGAUGACUCUCUUACGCAACCUUCCGACAGUUUCUCGAAAACAGACGAGCUAAAGUAUGUCUACACACCGCCCAAUUUUGACCCCGACGCCGAGGAUUGGAUAUCUAUGAUGUACAUUCCCCGGUCGAUUCUUCCUGGGAUCACUGACAGUUCCUGGCAGAUCAGAAAAGAAGCACUAGAGACGACCGAGCUUCUCUUCAAUCCCUUCAUUCCCCAUCCUCAGCCGUCGCUCACCCUUGCCCAGUGCGAGAAUAGAAAGAAUAACAAGACAGUUGCAGAAGAGAUACUGAUGCGCAUCAAUGAAGUGGUGAUCGGUGAUCAGAAUAUAGCAGUGGUAAUAGCUGCCCUUGGAGCUCUUCGGAUCAUGCUGAUGUAUCUUCCUUCAUCCUAUUAUAGUUCUCACAGUAAGCGUGAAAUAACCGAGUCAAUACUGCAGAAACUGAAAUCAAGAAAGCCGAGCCUUUUAUCGCCUUGCUACAAUACCGUUGAUGUCAUUCUGGGAAGAUUUUUGACGCUCGAGGAGUUUAUUGAGCUCCCCAUCCUCCAGAAUGCGCUUCCAGAAGUCCCCAGAGAUGUAAUUGAUAAGAUCCCCGCAAAUUGCUCGUUUAAGGCAUUUAUAGAUCAAGUUGAUGAAUAUAUUAAGAAAGACAAGCGACCAAUACCCCCAUCCAAAUCCGCACUCAAUACGUAUCUUUAUAUAGAGUUUUGUCGCCUGCUCCAGCGGCAAAUGACAUUUCUUCUCUUCUUGCUUCUGGGCGGAAUUUAUAAGAAGGCUGUCUUACAAAGUGUCAUCCCCAGUUCUGUCAUGGAGCUUCUGUGCGCAUAUGCUGCGUCGCCAAAUGUCGUAAUUAAGUUAGACCUCAGUGAAAGCUUUCAAGCUAUGCUAGCUGGGAUGGGGACGCCGACUCCUCUGAAGACCAAGGAACUUAGUGGUCCAUCUUUUACUCUCCCCCUAAGGAUGGAAAGCAUUGCAGGCCUGUCCAGUCUUCGAUACUAUCCACUGAGUUUUGUUGCUCAUUUGUGUCGAGGAUUUUUCUGUGAAAAGAGCCUCUAUACUUUGUCUUUUAUAAAAAUAUGUACCGGUACGUUAAUGCGGGACAUGUCCUCUGAGGUUAGAAGUGUCAGUAAGGAAUUCGAUGGCAUUCUUAACACGUUCAUGUCCCUUCAUCGUAGCGCACUCAAGCAAAAAUUGGGUGGAGCUUCGCGAGGAUCCAGUCCGACAAAGAAGACUGGGCCUCAUGCUUCUAACGCUGCCAAAGGCCAGAAUUCAGGUCACACCCAGGUAAAGCCUGCGCAAAUUGCUGUUCAUCCCACCGAUUCUGAUCUCUUAGACUUUGACCCAAAGAAGCCUUCUACACAGGCCUCUCUGAACGACUCUGAUCCUACACUUGGGAAGACUCCAGUCAACACCUCUAAUGCUAGCAAUGCGUCCCAGAAAAGCGAUCCCUUGUCGUCACCAGAAAAGCCUAAGACACCCCAGCAUGCAAGUGGAAAGGCUGGAGCCCGGAGUGGAACCCCUGCCAAGAUGAAGACACCUGUUCGCUCGGUGCAAAGUCAACCCCCGCAAAUCAUUGGGACUGCGGGAAAGACCAAGUUCAUUUAUUACCACGCCUAUGAUUUUCCUGCUGAGAUUUUUCGUACUUGCUCCUUCGACAGUGGCACAAACUUCAAACGCGUCAAGAUAAUGCUUCGACCACCCUCGUUUUUACUCUACAAGAUCGGACCUGUUUGUACAUCCGAUGACCUGACGUUUGUUGAAACGCUUAACACACCAAAGUACGACUUUUCUUUGAUAUUCCAGCCAGCACAUCCACAAGAAUCCCGUGAAGGAACUUUCUAUGUAUUGCGAGAUGAAGAGAAAGCAUGUUCAUGUGUUGAGCCGUUAGUAGAUCAGUUCAGUCUCAUUAUAACAAAGACAUUUAUGGCUAGUUCACAAAAGAAACCAACCGACAAAGGCCAAAACUUGGCUUCCACAGUUGUUUCUAUAUUCAGAAUCAUCGGUAUGUUAAUUAUGACGUGCAAUAAUGAGAGCACACUGAUAAAGAUUCUUCCAGCUGCAGGCAUUAUUUUGAACACAAUUUAUAGCAAGGAUCUAGGCCUCUAUAACACGAUAAUUUCCGCCUACAUCUAUCAUAUUCUGACCUUUAUUCCGUACCGCUUUACGAGCAACCCUGCAAAAGUAAUCACUGCGUGGAAAAAGCUUCUCACUGUUUCGUUCGAUAUUCACGGGCUUGUCCCAGUCUACUACACACUAUUUGCUAUCAUGGCAGCUAUCUGCAAAGAAUUGGAAAACGAAGACGGCGAACUCAACAUCCGGAACGGGCAACAUGUCCUGACUCUGGGAGAGUACCUACACGAGGUAGUUAAGUUUCUCCACGACAAGUUUGAUCCCGUCCAUUCUGCAGCAGGGUUCUCUCUUCGGGUAACAUCGGAGCUUCUUAUUCAUAUCCUCGAGCUUGGCGCUUACCUCUACGGAGGGUGUCCAGCCCUUACAGGGCCGUCUGGGCUUCUAGUCCGUGUUAGUUCAAAGCUACUGGCUAUGCUGGUUUACUUUCUCCGAAAUGUUAACGGGUUAGAACAGAUGGACCCUGUCUUUCUCAGCAAGGUACUGGACUGUGAAGUAAUUCCCACUCUCAAGGGUCUCUAUUCAUCGGGGGCCUUCGAGGCUGCUUGCAUGUACAGCGCACUCAACUGCUUAAGAACGAUUAGGGACGCUGAUAGCGAGCUGGCGAAGUACAUCCAGGCAGUGUUGACAUGUUGCAAUAAGACGGAUUUUCCUCGUUUGACCCUAAGCACGCGUGCACCCAAGACGUGCAUGCAGCUAGAUGUUGAGGCAGACAGAGGGAAAAUACAUAAUUGUGACUUCAGAAAGCCCACCAAUUUGUACACCGUAAUCCGCGACCUUAGCGUAAAGAAUCCGGGAAUUUACGAUGCUCUAGCCAUACAAGGGCUAGUAUCAAUACAAAAGUAUGCUGUAGCUUCUGAUAAAUCACUUCAACAGCCUGCAAAGCCUGUGAAUGAGCAACGCGACUCCAGAGAGCAGCGAGUUCUUGCGGGAGGAGAGACAUUGCACAAUGUCUCUUCAGGCUUAGUUGAUGGCAGCCUCCAAGAUGGACGAAAGCAGCGGUACAGUGUAGAUGAGUGUAUGACUGCUGAAAGGACAUCCCUGGAUGGAGACCGGAGCAUCAGAGAAAGGCCGCCUUCGUCGCGCCCCUCCAGUGCUAGGUCUCGACGGAGUAUCUCGCACAGAGAUAGCUCAAGCAUGUAUGAUGAUGAGCAAGAUACUAGCCAGGCAUUUAAGCAUGAAAAAGAUAGAAUCGGGAAGAAUGACGCGCACAUUCGUCAACGAGCUGUUUUGCACCACACUAUAGACUCAGCAAUGAAGGCACACCAGUCAGUAGAAAGUCCAGACAAUAGCCUGCAGCAGGAGGAUACAUCUUCUGUUCUGGCAUCUGCGGAACGCACCAGUGUUACUGACGGAGAUCGUGAACGCUCUACUCUUAAAAAAGCGACCUCCACGCCUUUGCGAAAGAUUGCCUCGAGUAUGCGGAACAAGUCGUCGACUAUCUUGCAGAUGAAGCUCUCUAAUAUUCCAGAGUUUCUCCAGCCAUACUAUAAGGCUCCUGGUUUUGAACUGCCACUAAGCAAGGUUUUGGGCGUAUUGUCUGAAUAUGAAAGUGCUUUAAGCGCAGAAAAAGAUUCCAUGAUGCGCUCUGACUUAACUAUAGCCAUGAUUCAGGCUCUAUCUCUUUAUGAGGAUCACAGCAUUGACAGCACAAAAAUAAGCCGCAAGCUUCUCCAAUCUAUUGAUGAAAAGGUACACACAGAAUCCAAUGCCAAUGCAGGAGACUACUACCUUCUCUUGAUGACAGAACUAGCCAGGACUGGCACUGUGUUGUCUGUCUUUGAGCAGGCCUGGUCUAUUGGUCUGAUCAAUAUGCUGGGGAUGACGAGGAGGCCUAUCACCAGGAGCUAUGCUAUUCAGGCGCUAAACAUGUGCAUGAAUAGCCAUGUUAUAUUAACAGCUACCUCCGUAACAAAAAGCUAUAUGGGUGGAUCAAUUUUGAAGGCUUUGAAUGGAACUUCAGCCAGCUACUCCAUUACAUCGCCGACAGCAGGGAUAAUCGCAACCAUCAAGCAGGAGACACUUAACUGGAUUCUUUCUGACAUGCUUCCAUCCAUCAUUUCAUUUGUGUCGGAAAGCGAGGUGUUCUACACAUUCGAGAGUAGUGCUGUUUUACACCAAAUUUGGAUACAGUGCGAAGAUUUGGCUGCUAACUCCAAAUCAACUGCAAUGCGCGGAACGGCCAAUGAAAUACUGCACAUGCUCCAACAAGUUCAAGCUGCGUGCAAGGAGCAAGAACCAAAGAAGCCUGUGCGGCCGAGCAAACUGAAUAGAGAGGAGAUCCUAGGCAAAGAGCUGGCUCAAACAAUCAAUGAGCUAGAGAAAACAACUCGAUAUAACAGCAAGAAUACAGACGACGUCAUAAAGCAGGCCCUUUCUGCGGAGCGCAACAGGCUAGCCCAGCCUCCUCGGGGGAGCAACGAUGCUAACACAUCGUCUAUUUGCUCCGAAGACGGCUUUUCUACGACAGCUAUCUACCUUGGCGGACUGUCAACAGUACAUGCUUCAGUACCUGAUGACCAUCAAGGCGCGCCUCAACACAGCACCUCUGCUCGCUCAACUAUGUCAAAACCUGCUAUUCCUCGACAUGGCAACAGUGCCAGACAGAGUCUUGAUGUUAAUGAGGGUUUUGAAAGCGUUCAGAAUCCUGCUGAGGCUGGCCCAGUCCGUAAAGAGUCGACUGAUAGCUACAUGGUGGACGAUCUAAACGAACCGUCUUUUCGCUCUGUCGCGAAUAGCUCAUUACUAGAGCGACAUAGCGAGCCGAUGGAAUCUAGAAACAUCUCGCAUUCAUCACGGAGCUCUCUUAGCCAGAACCAUCCUAGUGAGAGCUUCAAUGCCCUGUCUGUUCACGGAGACAGUACCAUGGCCAAGUCAUCACUGGCUAUAAUUUUGCACAAUGUCUACAUACCCUUCAGCGGGCGACACGAGCAUCGAUUUGCCGCCGCUUGCAAGCUUGUCUGUGACAGCUCUUGCAUCAUCUCUCUGCUUACUCCGUAUAUUUUUGAGCGACAGGCAUCCAUAAGCGCCACAGACAUUAGAGUGGUCAGGCAUGUCAUCAAUGAAUCUAUACUGAAUUCAGAUAUCACAGCACCGAUGAUAGACCUCAACGGCGUAGACCCCAAUAGCCUUAUCCCCAUUCGCUCUGUCCACUUCAAUGAAGAGGACGUACACAACGGCGUUUUGGCAAUCCUGAAACAAUAUAAAAUGGAAAUUGGAGCUACCGAUAAAUAUUCCAAAGAGAGUAUUCAGGCUUUUUCCUCUGUGUCAUUGCUCUACUCUGCCCUUGUUCUCUCCAACGAUUUCGUCACAGAAGGAUGGCGUCCUUUGGCGUCCACCGUUGCCACUGUCUGUAAGUGCAUAGGGACUCUGUGCAAGUAUAUCAAAGACCUAAGGGAUUUUAAGAUCCUUGUGGGUCCCCUGCUUGUGAGGUUAACUAUGCAGCCAUCGUAUCAAGAAAAGCUGGCCAUCCAAAGAACGCUAGACGCUCUCUUUGAACGCCACCAAGCGAUUGAGGAAGAGUAUCUGAAGACGCCAGGCAAGCGCAUUAUUCGCCACUUUCUCCAAAAUUACAUGGAGGUAUUCAAUGAUAACGGAGCAAACAUUCACCUAAAGUAUACCACCCUGAAGGUUAUUACCGAGUAUCUUGAGAUGAUUGUCGAGGGAAUAGAUGAUUUUCAGAAGGUCCAGCCGAUUAUAGAACCGUGGCUCCCCUCUGUCACUGCCUUCUUCAAGCGUCUAUGCAUAGUAACGUUUAAGAAGUCCUGCAAGGUCUCGGACGAGUUGGCUGGGAAGGCGUUUAUAGACUAUGUCAAAACUGAAUUCAAGGACCCGGCAAUUACAGUGGAAUACAUAAAUAACAUUCUUGGCACAAAGGAGAACUUUUUGUUGGCUCUUUAUAACCUGUCCGGUACUAAGACUAUUAACUCGUUUAGGCAUUUCUACCGAGCAUUCAUAGAUAAGUUGAGCCCUGCAGAUGCAGACCUCGUAUCUACCUGGUUAGAGUCAGUCUUGAAUGGGCAGACACUGCGGGUUGACAUAAAGGAAGCGACAAUGGUGGCAGAUAUGUUCAGCCCCGGAACCAAUGAGUACGUUGAGUACGACAUCGUCAGCAUUAACGAAUCUAUGGUAGAUGAUCUCCCCACCUCUCUUAACGAUCCGCAGAAUGCAACCUCGAAGCGUGCUGCCCAAUCGCAGCUGACACCAACCCUUACCAAUUCCAUAACCCAUGCUAAGGAAGGCGUUCUUUCUAACGAUCCCCUCAUGGAUAUCUAUAACACUAGUCCACACAAGGGCCAGCGCACUGACAUGGAUGCCCUUCUGCGAGAUGCGGAACAGGUACUAGGGCAAUCUUUGCGUCAGUCGCUCUCUGCUCGUGCAGUGGCUGAGAGCAUGCGUUCACAGUCAAAGCAACAUGAUACUCUUGAAGGAGACAACGAUAUGGUAGAACUUUUUACACGUAUGGGGACUUUGGUUACCGAUGUGGACGUAGAUUUGUUAGAUGAGAAGGUUGCCGAGGAGCUCCGUUCUUCUAAACUAUAUAAGAAUCGCAGCCAGCAGAAGGAUGUGGGCAGGACACCAGGGACUGCUGCUUCAGUUGAGCGCGAUCCCCACGAGUCUGUGGCGUCUGCAGUGCCGCCCCUGCCGGCUGCACUGUCGUCAUAUACUGUGCCUAGCCUAAGUUUGGAUGAGGCAAGCUCGUUCAAUGCAGACGCUGAGAAAGGCCUCUACCCUUCAAAGCUGCAAGAUGGUCGGGUAGUCAACCAUCUAGCGGAUGCUAUAGCGGAUCGAGCUGCCGAGAAGAGCUCUGCCAACCCAUCCCCGUCUAAGGAAAUAUCUGUCGUCAAGCUUCGGGACUUCCCCUCAACUGAUAGGUUUGUCAGUCUAGCCAAAAGUACCGAAGGACUACCUCUAGCGGUCGCUGGAGUAGUAGAUCAAAUAGACUACAAAUUCAAGACUUUGGACACUAUUGAGCGGCUGCAAAGUGCAGCGCGUCUAUCUGACUCUACCCUGACGGAAGCCAUGUCUUUUACCCUUAAGAGCCUUACCGAUAGCAUGACAGGCACCAUAAUCAAGACCUUCAACAGUGAAAAUAUGCGGAAGCUUGUCGAUACCAUGCUCUACAUUAAACGACAGCUCACUGUUUCGCUGCAGGAUGACACAACCAUGAUGCUCUUUAUCACAAGGAUAGUAUCCUUCUUACAAAAUUACCUAUCAAACCCUUCCUUCCGUGGGUUAGUGCAAGCCAAAGAGUUUCACGACUUGCAGGAUAUACCAGCAGACCUAGGAAAAAACAAGCCAUCGUUUUAUGGCGAGGACAUAGCUUUUGAGGCGAUAAAGCAGGUCCAGCGCAGUAUCUCGAGCCUCUCAGGGACAGGGCUUGAUCCCGUGCGGAUAUCCAUGCUUACUCUCUUGAUCGAGGACUGUCUGACACUGCUAACGCUCAUAAUAGACGGGUCAUCAGCGACACACUUGAUUAAGGCAUUGAUUCAGAUGUUUACUGUGAUCUACGAAGAGGGCCUGCUGGUCUACAGGGCAUCCGAGUUCCCUCUCUUGAGACCCUACUAUACUACGAGCCAUAGUAUAGUCCAGAAUAUCCUGAACAGUCUUUUGGACAAGCUGACCCAGAUCGUGGCCCAUGCACCACAGGAUUUCAGUCAGGACAUCAUUCGUUUUCACGCAGAGUUCUUAGCCAAGAAGGAAGUUCCUCAAGCCGCCAGUGCCUUUUCCGGAACACUCUUCUCAAUAUUCUUGAUUCUGUCUGGAAGUCUUUCCAUGUAUCCCAACAUUAAUAAUAAGCAACACUCCAGUUAUAAUCUCACGUCUGGCCACAGCUCUUGUCCGUCGGAGCUAACUUUCCUUUACCCUCGACCGUGCAUCAUCACCUGUAUCAAGCGGCUGACAGAUGAUUUGGACACUGCUGCAAGAGACACGCUUUCUACUGUUUGUGGUCUAGAGAUCGUUAGCCAGCUUGGCAGCCUUUGA